CUCGCUGGAGUUUAAUGUAAUUAUGGGAUUACAGUCCUGCGCCUCUAAAGCCGGUAAUAUUUACUACACUGCCGCUCCGCUUCACGGGACCGAUAUAGCCUGCAGUUCGAGGAAACACGGAAAUAUGAAUUAACUGGAGGUCUCUUACUCGGUGCCUGUUAGAAAGAAGAGCGCUGCUUCGCUUUUGCGAGGGUCGAAGGAAUUAUCCGGACUGUUGAUGCGUGCUUUUGGAGUUGAACGAAUGAGAAGAUGAACGUCGAGCGCGUGGAAACGAGGAAAACUUUAUUCCGUUGAAUCAGGAGUUCAGUCAUCCCACACGAUCUGAAGCUAUAAGGAUUCCUGGAUGUCCUUGGGUAAAACUGAAUUUCUGUAAAAGUUCUGAUCAGUAAAACAGCUCUGUUUCAUCGAGCACUCAGUGGUUAUGUCUCUAACCGCAUUACCGGAAUGGAAGCAGCUGCUACUGGAGCGAAAGAGAAGAGAGGAGGAGGAGAGAGAGAGACGAGAGAGGGAGGAAGAGGAGCGGCUGGCCAACAUGCCGGCUUGGAAACGAGGGAUCAUCCAGAGAAGGAGGGCGAAGCAGGAUGAGGAAAGAGAGAGGGAGAAAGAUAUCCUGGGCAUUACUGAAGACAUCGCCACUGAGCAGGUGGACAGUAAAUUCACACAUCACCUCCAAACUGAUCAUACUGGGUAUAAAGUGCAAAAACAGAUAUCCAAAGAAACCAUCAGCCCCAUCCAACAGAACCCCUUCAUUCGUUCUGAGAACAGCUUUAAGAGAGAUAAAAGAGAGAAGGAGGUGAUUAGAGAUGGAGAAAAUGAAUAUAAAAAGGGAAAUAAUAGAGGGAGAGAAAGAAAAAGGGAAACAGACAAGGAGAUUUGGAGAGGAUGCGAUAGAGAGAUGUGGGUCGAGAAAAUGGUAAAUAAAAGUGAGGGAAAAGAGCGGGACAGAAGCACUGGGAGAGACAGCAGAGAGGCGGACAGUAACACAUCCCGAUUUUCUCCAGUCACAGGUCUCCGUACGAUUCAGGCAAACAAUAUUAUCAUUAUUGAGAAAGACAAAAAUGCCAAGGAAAAACUGGUUAAGAGAGAAAAGGAGGUCGAGGAUGAACAGAAAAGGAUGAGGAUGGAUUUGAGGGAGUUUCUAGCUGGCGGAGGAAGCGUGACGGAAAUUAUGGCUUCGGAAGUAUUGAUCAUCAAACCUCCCGUGACGGACGGGAGAAGUGAAGCGGAGAUGGCAAGGAUCGCAGAAAGAGGGAGCGAGCGUUUAGAGAAAGAGGGGAUACGGUCCUCUAUGCGAAUGGCAUCGAGGACGGUCAUGCAAAAAGCAGAGAGAGUCCUGAACCACAAGGACAGGGGGACUCCAGAGUGUAGUGGUCGGGUCAGUCAGCUGCUUAGUAAGUUCGGCGAACACCCAAAACCUCCAACACGCUCCAAGAGCAUUGAGUGCUUCAACCAAACCGGCAAGAACCGGGCCAGAUACAGCACAGGAGAUCUAUUUGUGCAGGACGACCAGAGUUCGGAAGAAAUGGAAACAAGUCCCACAUUCAGGGGUGUUCCCAAACGCUCCUUUAGCUUCUCUGACCGUGUGGUAUGCCAACAGGAGAACAGAGAUUGUGAGGAAAAGGCCGAUUUUAAGGUGGUGGAGAGGUCGUACUCUGACCGCAGGGUAAAAACGAGAGUCACCGAUCAAUCAGGAAGUGAACCAAAGGUCACCAGACGAUGGAGUCGACCCAAAUCUGAUGAGGUGAUGCAUGAAAAGAGACAGAAAGAAAGAAGGGUUGAAAAUAAGAGAAGCGACUCAAUUCGUGGAGAGAGAGAGGAAUGGACAUCUAGUGUAGAUGGAGAAGGCUUCACUGUGGCCUCUGUCAAAAUCCCUGAGGGGGUCGCGUUUGCAAGACGAGUUCCUAUCAAACAAGAUGGAAGAGAAAGCAGCUCAGAACGAGAGAUCAAGAAAGUGAGAGAGGAGAGUGAGAGAGAGAUGAAGAUAGAUAAAGAGAUAUACAGAGAUAAGAGGCGAGAGGAGAGAGAGACUACGGUUAGACAGAGGCCUGUAGAAUUCAAAGCCGAGGCCAAAGCAGAAUCCGAAAAGAGAUGGAAUCUGGAUGAGGUUACGGUCGCAGUUUCAAAACAACCCCAUGGCAUAUAUAUUCCACCGUCUGAUGACAGUACUGUAGACCUCCCUGGAGAAAUUCAGUGCCAAUGUGUCGAAACUCCCUCUGUGGGCUCUUGCCUGACCACAGCCUAUGCUGGACAAGCGGUCCUUACCCAACACACAGAAGACCUAGUCUGUAAAAUAGCAAAAGUCCAGUCGGACAGAGAACUCAGGAGGGCAGGUUAUGUGUUUUCACAUGGAGACAUGGCUAACCAGGAUCAAAAAGAGCAUGAACAGUAUCAAAGCUUUCCAAAACAAUCCAUUGAGGAAGUACAUAUUACCUCAGAACCCCCACAACAAAGUGCUACCAAACUGUUUUCAGAGGGAGUCACCAUCCCCAGGACGGUAUUUUAUGGAGUCGAUAUAUCAGCAGAAAGAAGGAGGGCGAGUCUCCCUGCUGGGGAUAAACAAGAUGGAGGACAAGUGGAGAGGAGAGGGAGCUGGAAGACUGGGCGACCUUUGACCCGAGUGGAGUCUCUGAAAGAAAGAAUUCGCCAGCAAGAAAAGGAAAGACGGGAUGAUGACAAAGAAGAGGGCAACAGAGAAGCAGGAGGAACUGUGAGAGAACAGGAAGAAACCACAUUACAGACUCUCAGACUGUUUGACGUCACACAGGACGUUAACAUGGCAAAGUCAAGCCCUCAACUUCCUGUUCCUGUUUCUCUGUCGCUCUUGCAGUCAGCUUCGACAGAAAGAGAAGUUGGGGAGAUCUCCAGAGACAUAUCAGAGAGCGAUAUCUGUCCGAGGGAAGCAGAGAGAGAUGUAGAGGAGUGUGGGACGUGUAUCGCUUGGAGAACACCGGACGUUGACGAAAGAGAAGAGUUGUUAGAGGAAGAGUACCUUCCUCCCUCUCUUUCUCCCUCCCCACCACUUUCAGACUCGUUGGACACCAUGAGCCGGAUCUAUAACCUCAAGACGGUGGGGUCUAGGACUGCAGUGUGUAUCAGUGAAAGGAAAGCUGAUAUACCAUCACACAGCGGCCCUCAGGGCAAAUACAACCCCAUCAGACAAGCACCGUCACCGGACAUCCUGCCAGAAACUGCCAAGCUGUGGAAUCAUGGGAGAGACGGUGCCAAAACCGAGACGAUGGAGUCGACAGGUGCUCAGAUGGUACAGAGGCAGGUGGAACGACUACAGCUGAGAGAACAGGAAACAGGAUGUGGUUCCCACAACGACAAGAAGACACAGUCUGCCAUGGAGAGUUGUCCGCUUGUAGAACCAGAAAUUAAGGUAGCUGAGGGCCAGAGGAAACCAGACAUACUAAGAGAGACGCAGAAAUCCCAAACACCUUCAAGUCCCAGAUUUCCACAAGCCCAACAGAAAGCCCAAAGACAACCUCUUACACCCCAGCAGGUCAGGUCAUUUACAAUCAAUGCCCGGAAUGCAGAAUCAACAGAAAACUUUCAGAAACCUCCAGAGCAAAGCUCUCCAUCGUCAUCCUCUCCCUGCACCGCAUCCCCCUCUUCAUCUCCAUCUCCGCCUCUCUUUUCCAUUAGGAGUGCCUCAAGUGGACCAGGUAAGAGAGGAACGACCAUCACAAUCACCCCUAGAAGACCUGCAGGGGUAGACUUGUCUGGUGGCAUCCCAACAGGGACCCCUACGGCACCCAAAGCGACCCCCCAGAGCCAAAUAACUAUCCCUGCUCCCAGCAGCACCAAGGAGGCAGGGAAGAAGCGGUACCCUACAGCAGAAGAGAUAGAGGUGAUCGGAGGUUACCAGAACCUUGAACGGUCAUGCUUGGUGAAAAGCAGAGGGACACAGAAAACGGUGAAGGUGUGUUUCGAUGACGCUCAGCUGGAGAGAGUGUGUGAGUAUCCUUCAGAAGACAGCGCUCUGGCAUCCCUCCCUUUCUCUCUUCCCCCGGGGCCCGAGGACAGCGGGAGGGACGAGCAGGAGGAAGACGAGGAGGAGGAGAGCGUGCCGUUCGUGUCCCGCAGCGGCGGGAACGAGAGCGCAGGAAGGGUUCGACUCCUAAAAGUGGAUGAAUCCUGUAAGCGACUUUCCAAAUGACAAACCACGGCAUCCCUUAGAUUUUCAAUUCUUUACAUUUGCAGGUAGCGCAAGUAAUGAAGAGCUUUUUUUUUUUGUUUAUAAAAAUUGAUUAAAUAUUUUUUUAUUAUUAUUAUUAUUUAGUUUUGCUUGUCCAAAACAGGAAUCAAAACUCUU